AUGAAUAUGACUGGGCUUAACAAGAAGCAUCAAAAAACUCUUGAAAAACUAGACAAGCAACCUUUUAAAGCAAGCUUCAAGUCUCUCAAUCAAAAAAAUUAUAAGAGGUUGAUUUGUUCUCCAAGCAAAGAAAAGGCCCGCAAACGCAGUGCAAUGCCUUGCACCAAGAUAUUUCAACAAAAAGCUAUACGUUAUUUGAAAAGUAAGGCCCGCAAAAUUCAAUUUGAAAAAGAUAAUCAAACAAACCUUGAGUUAUUAUCUUUUUGUUCACUUUAUUCUUCACACAACCCUCAAGAACCAACCGAUUCUUGCAAGGUUGGACGACAGUUUAUGUAUCAAGGUCCCAGCGUGAACAUUUAUAAAGAUCUCUCUGAGGAAAAUUUUUAUCUCUUCCCAGAGCGUAAGUACAACCUAGUAUUUGUGAUUUUGCUUGAAUAUCACGCAUCCUCGUCGGUCGUGAGGUCACCCCGCCGAGUAACGCUCAAUAACUUUUUGAAAAACCCUGAAACUGCUUGUGAUCACCAGCAUGUAAGCCGCAUCACGGUUCUUGCAGAUGCAGGACACUGGUUUUAUGCAUCACCAAUACUUCUUGAUUCAACUGUUUUGACAAUGCACUACCCAAGGCUUUGCGGCAUUUGGUUUGUACCAGAAGUGCACUCGGAGCAUUUGCUUGCGUUUACAAGAAGCCAGUUUUACGAUUCUCUUGGAAUGCGCGCCAUGAUCAACCUUGUUGAAAUUUCAGGUCUGACAGUGCGGCUGAACCCUGGUGACUGUCUGGAACUUGCGGUGUUUAUGCAGUCUUCAAGUUUUAUUAAGGAACUAAAAAUUGUGGGUGUAUUUGAAGAAGAGGAGGAAGAUGUUGCAAAACAAAUGCUACUGAAAAAAAUCCAGCCCCGCUUGCAGCAGCGCCUGAAUCCUACCAGCAAUUUCCACAAAAUGGAUUGUUUAUGGAUGAUGGGUGUUGAGCGUCUUACUAUUGAUGUGGAUGGGAAUGAUGGUUAUGACACCACAAUGCUCAGUUCAAUUACCCGCAGGUUCCCCAAUUUAAAAGAGUUGAAUGUUACGUUGGCUAUUUGUGGUUUUAAGAAAUUGGGGUAUACAGAAGGAUUUGUGAGAGCAGAGGCUCUGCAAAAUUUGAAGGAACUUCCCUUGACAAUCACUCGGUGCGCAGUCAGUUUGUGCGGGGCUAAUGAGAAUGAAGAACAGGAGGAUGAGGGAAUGAGGAAAAGCAAUUGGAAAAGGGCAAAAAAAAAUAAGAGAGGAGAGAAUCACAGCCAUUUAUUGGAUGCUCUUAAGGGCAGCUUAAAUAAGCCACAAUCUGUUGUUUCCCAGGCUGUCACUGAACUAAUUAUCCCCAAGGAUAGCGGAUGUAACGAAAUAUUGGCAUAUUUUGCAAUUAAUGGGUGUGGUGGAUUAGAAAUGUUUGAAUUCCCCCGUCUUUCAUUGCUUACUGUGAGUUUGGGUGCUUUGGGUGCCUGUGUUACUAGUCUCCGAAAGUCUGGGACCAAAACUCUUUGCUGGCCCAAUGUUUCUACACUUACUUUAUUUAUUGACCAAGCUUCUGAUGUUCUUUUUUGUGAAGGCCUUGAAGUUUUGGAUUUGAAGGGUUUCCCUAGCCUUGAAAAUUUAAAAGUAGAGUUUGGUGCUGACCCAUUGAAUCUCGGAUCUCGUGAGAAGCGCUUGAUGCGCAGAAUGGUCAACAAGUUUGUGGAGCUCAAUGGUUACAUGAAUUUUAAUGAAGUGACUACAUUUUUGAGCCGUUUUAAUGUGUAUCCCGCAUAUAUUUCUGGAUUGUUUGGAAUGGCCUGUGGUUCUGAUGCAUUGGAAUGUUAUACAGAUAUUAUAAAUCAUCCCUAUGCAACGCUUCGUGAAUUGCACGCAUGCGAGGCAAACGACAAGAGUAUCAAUGAGGAACCCAUUUCAUCAACACUUAUGGCCAUUUGUUUCUAUGAAGCCAUGUUUGAACGCAUUUUGGAUCUCAAUACAGUAACACACUUGACUCUUUGCUGCCGAUUUGGUUACUGGAUGUCAUCCUUGUGGCUCCACCAAGUGGUGUUUGAGCGCCCAGAGAAGAUGCAACACAUUACGUUUGAGUAUGAGCCCAAGAAUGGAGACUGGGGAAAUUCACAUGGAAUUUUAAUCCCAUAUACAUCCCAAAUAAAGUGGAAUGAAAAAUUUAUGCGGGCUGAAUACAAUAACUGA